GCAUGAAAGUGUCUAAAUUCCAUGUCUAAAAACCUAUAAUCAACAAUUGGAUCGUUCAUUAUGAGAUUAUAUAGAUAUAACAAUCUGUGUGUGCACAAUAAACACUGUUUGCUCCUGAGUGUGUGAUGUUCUGGUUCAGAUACUUCACUAUUGCAAAGUGGAAAGGAUGGGGGCAAGAUUGUGGUGCCAGUAGGCUUUGUAGUGCUCACCUGGGGUGUUUGUUGGUGUAAGUAUUUAUGCUGAUUUAAGAUCAGUCAUCCAACCAUGUGGUAAGGAUCAGUGGAGAAAAAAACUGGCCCUAGAUCAGACCAGAAGGUCUGCGGCGUACUUCUAGUGUCACCCAGUAUGUGGUUGUAUGGAGGGUGGGAGAAGGUCAGGCCAUAUAAUAAACUGUUUCAUCUGUGUUGGGCAUUUUACCUGUGGCCACUUCAGUCCAGAGCAGAGCAACCAUGAGUGUUUCCCACGAAACCCUCUUGGACCAUGUGUUAGAGCUGAUUAUGAACGAGAAGCCUCCAAACAGCACUAGUCUGUUUCUGAGCGAAGACUCUGAGAAGCCGCAGCGCGCUGACGAAGGCCUCCACCGCCUGUGCCGAGUGUUACAGAAACAGAUGUCUGGAAGCAGGAGAAAGAUGGGCGGCAUCACACGAAACAGCGUCAAGACGUUCCUGCGGAGGAACGCAUUUGUGAUCUUCACCGUGGCUGCUGUGGCUUUGGGGGUGGCACUGGGGUUUGCCCUGAGACCUCAUAAUCUGUCCAUCAGGCAGGUGAAGUACUUCUCUUUCCCUGGAGAGCUGCUGAUGAGGAUGCUUCAGAUGCUUGUUCUUCCGCUGAUCGUCUCCAGCCUUGUCACAGGAAUCUCAUCUUUAGACAGCAAGGCCUCUGGGAAGAUGGGAAUUCGGGCCAUCGUUUACUACAUGGUGACCACAUUAAUUGCAGUUUUCAUCGGCAUUGUGAUGGUGAUCAUCAUCAAACCGGGUAAAGGCAGCAGAGAUAGUCCAGUGGCCUCUAGUGGCAGCAUUGAACCAGUGCAGGCCGCAGAUGCCUUCCUGGACCUUAUAAGAAAUAUGUUUCCACCAAAUUUAGUUGAAGCCUGCUUUAAACAGUACAAAACACUAUACAAGAAAACCGUGCUGACAAAAAAUGUCACCAUCGUGGUCAAUGCGACAGAGAACGUCAACUCUACUGAUCUCAGCCAAGUGUCCAACUUCAGCCCAGUCUUGCAGACCAUCCAGGAGACGGUGGAGGAGGCUGUCCCAGUCUCUGGCUCCUCCAAUGGGGUGAACGCCUUGGGCUUGGUGGUUUUCUCCAUGUGCUUUGGAUUAGUGAUCGGAAACAUGAAACAGCAGGGCCAGGCUCUCCGGGACUUCUUCGACUGCCUGAAUGAAGCUAUUAUGCGCUUGGUGGCCAUCAUAAUUUGGUACGCUCCAGUGGGAAUCCUCUUCCUGAUAGCGGGGAAGAUAGUGGAGAUGAAGGAUCUGGCUCAGGUUGGAGGACAGUUAGGGAUGUACACGGUGUCUGUGAUUGUGGGGCUGCUCAUCCACGGCCUGUUGGUUCUGCCUCUGCUCUUCUUCGUGGUGACCAAGAAGAACCCGUUCACCUUCAUUGCCGGGCUGCUGCAGGCUCUCAUCACUGCUUUGGGCACUUCAUCAAGCUCUGCCACCCUGCCCAUUACUUUUCGUUGUCUCGAAGAAAACAACCACGUGGACAAAAGAGUGACACGUUUUGUGCUUCCGGUCGGAGCCACAAUCAACAUGGAUGGCACAGCUUUAUACGAAGCAGUGGCAGCCAUCUUCAUCGCUCAGGUCAACGACAUGGAUCUGAACUUUGGCCAGAUCCUCACCAUCAGUAUUACAGCAACCGCCGCUAGCAUCGGAGCAGCAGGCAUCCCUCAGGCUGGGCUGGUUACUAUGGUGAUAGUAUUGACAUCGGUGGGACUUCCCACAGAGGACAUUACCCUGAUCAUCGCUGUGGACUGGUUCCUGGAUCGACUCAGGACCACCACCAACGUGCUGGGAGAUUCGUUUGGCGCCGGAAUUGUUGAGCAUCUGUCGCGGCAGGAACUUCAGAACCAAGACGUAGAAAUCAGCAACUCUGUGAUCGAGGAAAAUGAGAAGCCGUACCAGCUGAUCUGUCAGGAGAACGACUCUCUCAAACACCGCAACAGUGAAACCACCAUGUAACAAUCCUCGCCCGUUUAUAGCUCACACCUGUAAGCACUGUUAAUAAUUGGGAAAAUCAGAGCGUGCUAUUUAAGGUAAUGAAAGAGGACAGAUAUUUAUGUGUUGACAGAUAAAUGAUAUCUAAGAAAGUAGCACUGAAUUCAAACAACACUAUGCUAGCUUUAUAAUGCUGAUUUAAGACUGUUAAAAACACUGAGGUCUUUUUAAGAUAUAAAUAUUGCUGAUUGAUAUUGUUUAACCAGCAUAAUUUACAUGACCUUGUUUACACCUGGUAUUAGGAUGUGUUUUGAUCAGAUCACAAGUAAAAGAGAGAGAAAAAUGCUGACCUUUACAUAACAUACCCAUCGAAUUUCCUGACUUCUUAAAUGGAAAACUUACGAUUUUAGAUGGCCGUUUAAACCCUGUCUGGCUAAUUUGCAUCAACUUAACAUAAUUGUUAAAAUUUAGUUCAGGAAAUGUGGAUUAUGUGGUCUUUUGUGGCUGUUCAAACACUUUCCAACAACCUGUGCGUGUGCAGGGGUCUGUUUGCACAUAGGCACCUCAUGCAUUUUCUCUGAUCCGAAAGCUGUCUGGUUUGUAAAAACAGCUCAGUUUACUUUUGGCUGCAUAAAUGCAUCUGUGCUAAUUGAAUAUAAAUAGAACAAGGUAACAUCGACUAAAGUUUUAUUAUAAUAUUUUUAUAAAUGUUUGCUACAUAUCAUAUUUAACAUACAAAUGAUUUCAUAUUUAGGCUGCAAACGCACAAGGCAGGUUUGUUUGUCGUACAGAAACACCCAAGACAGCAUUCGGCAGCUGUAGAGGGUUUACAUAAUUUGCGUAUAACAUACUUUGUGUU